AUGGUGGUGAGUGAAAAAGCUGCCUUAUACCCUCUCCCUCUCCCUCUAAGACCUCUCGGAAGAUACUCACAGCAUUGGCAUUUGGUAGUGGAGCUAGGGGAAUGGGAAGCUGCAUACGAAAAGGCCUCUGUUUUCGUAGCGAACCUAACCACUGCUCAAAAGGUAGCGCUUAUCACAGGCAGUAGCGUCGAGUCAACGAAAGCCAACUUCACUGCAUUUUACUUUCUUGAUGGCGAUAUGGGCUUACAAGACUUUUACUAUGUCUCCGCCUUCAGUUUAUCGUCUGCGCUUGCCAUGACCUGGGAUCGCGAUGCGAUUUACUCGCAAGCCAAAGCUGUAGGGUCGGAAUUCUACAACAAGGGCAUCCAAGUUGUUGCUGGACCCACAUCCCAGCCCCUGGGACGUACUGUUUGGGGCGGCCGCAACGUUGAAGGCUUUGGUCCAGAUCCUUAUCUCAAUGGUCUGGCUACUGGUCUCACCACCAAGGCAUACGUCGAUGCCGGCGUCAUUGCUGGCGGUAAACACUUCAUCUUUAAUGAACAAGAAACCAACCGUUCUGCCAGUGAUGCCACGGGGGCUCCGUAUUCAUCCAAUGUGGAUGACAAGGCUACUCAUGAAACCUAUCUCUGGCCCUUCUACGAUGCUGUGAAAAAUGGCCUCGGCGCUGUGAUGUGCGCUAUGAACAAGGUAAACGGCACGCUUGCCUGCGAAAACUCCGACCUUCUAAUGAAGACAUUGAAAACCGAACUGGGAUUUCCCGGGCUUGUCUGGCCUGAUUUCAACGCUCAGAGCUCGGCCAGUACUUCUGCGCUGGGUGGCGAAGACUAUGGGUCAAGUACAUACUGGAGUACAUCUACUAUCCAGAAACUUCUGUCGAAUGGAACUCUUUCUGAGGCGCGCUUUAACGAUAUGGCUAUCCGGAAUUUGAUGGCCUAUUAUUAUGUGCAUCUGGAUAAUGGCCUGCAGCCAACUACCAGACCAACAGACACUUAUGUGAAAGUUCGCGUCAAUCACUCCAAGCUUAUCCGUGAGAAUGGAGCCAAGUCCAUGGCUCUACUCAAAAACAAAAACGGUGCGCUGCCACUGAAGAGUCCUCACGUUAUGGGGAUCUUCGGUGCCCAUGCCGGCAGUGUUAUGGGUGGGCCCAAUGGUGCAAUCGAUGUGGAAGGCUCUGGUCCCACUUACCAAGGCCAUCUGGUUACCGGCUCAGGAUCUGGAAGGGGUUCAGUCCCGUACGUCAUAACGCCUUUGCAUGCUCUGACCGACAGAGCAUCACAAGAUGGGACUAUGCUGCGGUGGAUCUUGAAUGAUACCUAUACGAGUACUGACAGCUCUUCUCUGGUGGAUUCGAGCACGAUAUACACUAACAUUGAACCUUCUUACGCUAACUUUGCCACCGAAUCUUCGGUCUGCCUUGUCUUUCUCAAUGCUCUCGCCGGAGAAGGUGCUGAUCGGACAGAGUUAUAUAACUCAGAUCAGGAUAGUAUGGUCAUUCAUGUUGCAGACAAUUGCAACAAUACUAUUGUCAUCAUUAAUACUGUUGGGCCCCGACUGAUGGAACAAUGGAUUGAUCACGAUAACAUUACUGCGGUUCUAUAUGGUUCGCUGCUCGGACAGGAAUCGGGAAAUUCCAUCGUGGAUAUCCUUUACGGCGAUGUCAACCCCUCCGCCCGCCUGAUCCAUACUAUUGCCAAGAAUGAGAGCGACUAUAAUGUCGGCAUCUGUUAUACCGCCCAAUGCAACUUCACCGAGGGGGUUUACCUGGAUUACCGCUACUUCAAUAAGCACGACAUCACCCCGAGAUAUCCAUUUGGGCAUGGUCUGUCAUACACUACCUUCGAUUACUCCGACCUCCACAUCACGGCGCCCUCGUCAAUUAGCAAGGCUCCUCAGGGCAAGAAAAGCGUUGGUGGUCCCAGUGAUCUCUGGGAUAACGUGGCCUCAGUUUCCGUCUUGAUCACUAACAACGGCACCUUGGCCGGUGCAGAGGUGCCGCAGCUGUACAUCGAGUUUCCCGAGGCCGCUGACCAGCCAGUCCGGCAGCUUCGUGGGUUCGAGCGGGUCGAGAUUGAUGCUGGCGGUCACUCGUACGUCACAUUCGACCUUCGUCGCCGCGAUCUCUCAUACUGGGACGUCCUGGCUCAGGAGUGGCUCGUCGCCUCCGGCUCAUACAAUGUCUACGUUGGCGCGAGCUCACGCGAUCUGAGACUGAAUGGAACGUUCUCUUUGACUGUUACAGCCUAA